AUGGAUUUCCUUAGUCUUUCAAGGAAAGAGCUCCAAGCUCUCUGCAAGAAGAAUAAGAUCCCUGCUAACAUGACCAAUAUCGCCAUGGCCGAUGCCCUCAAAGUUCUACACAAGGUGGAAGGACUUGACGAAUUCAUCAACGCACCCAAAUUCGAUCCACAACAAUCCCCAAAGAAAGCUAUGCCUGAAUCACCAGAAAUUCCUCAAACUUCUUGUAGAACCUCGACUCGCAAAAAGCCUUUUCGUAUUGAGCCUGAAAGCUCACAAAAAUCCUUGACUCGUACUCGCUGCACAACAAGAAGAACAGUUGCUGUGGAGGGUCAUUCUAGCCGGAAAAUGGAGACUAAAAUGAUGGAAAGUGUUGGGGACCAAGAGAACAACAAUGUGCCAAAGACACCAGCAACACGGAGUAGCCGGCGGAUGGCUCCAGCAGUUUCAGCUAGGAGGAAAGUAGAUGCCAAGAAGGAAGAACUAUCAUCGGUUCAGAGGGUUUACAGCACGAGGCAUUCAGUGAGGUUGUUGGAGAAGAGCAUGGAAGAGUUGGGCUUAAAGGAUAAAGGGAGCGUUGGGCCAUUGAAGAUGGAUGGAUUGUGCAAGGAAAUCGAGGAUGUUGAAUUGAAUGAAGAGCUUGCGUCAUCUUGUGAUACAGGAGCUAAUUUGCUGACAGUACCCCAAAAGAUUUCAGAGAAAACCAUUGAUAAUGAAGAGCUUUCAUGCCAAAACCUAGAUCAUCCACUGGAGGAUAGAAGGGAAAUCAAGCAUGAACUUCAAGAGGAGAGAAACAGUGAUGAGCUUGAAGAUUGCAAUGCAAAACAGGAAAUAGGUUCUGCGAAAUGUGAUAAUCCUGACGUUCUUUCAUUGGAUACCGAAAGCGCUAUGAACAACGAACUUGAAGAGGACAACAAGAAUAAUGACUGUGAAGUGGAUCAUUGCUAUCGAAAAGUUGAAGGCUUAAAUGGACGGGAUGAAGACAGUAAUGAGAGUUUGGAGAAAUCAAAUCCUAUUCUAGUUGAAAGCUCAGAUAAGGCAGUACCAAUGAAUCAGGAACCGAUUUACGAGAAGGGAAUCGUGAAGUCUGGAGUUAUGGUGUCCGAUUCGCCAACUCUUAAAGUAUGUGAAUAUGAGGAUAAAAACUCUGAAAUGAUUUCAACAGAAGAUAAGCAGCAUGACAAUUAUGAUCUCCAAUCGAACUUUGCAAUUGUGGGAGAGUCUGAUAGCAAUCGAUCAGACGAAGCUAAUGAAAAUGGUAAAGCAGAAACAGCCCCUGAAGAUGCUAGCUAUCAGAAGUCAGAAAGCAGAGAUGAAACUGAAAGUGGCCAGUUAAUAGCCGGGUCUUUUUUAACCAAUAAUGAAGCACUUGUUGAAGUCCAUGUGAUGGACGCUGAGGACCUUCUUGACAUGAUAGCCCAUGAAUGCCACACAUUUUGUAACUCAGAUGAGAAUCCAGGAUCUGUAAAUCGGAUGACUUCUUACUGUACUCAGGCAUCGGACAAUGAUUCAGGGAAAAUCCCACACAAGGUGCACGAGCGUAGCAGUUCGGAGACUUUGGUUGAUAUUACUGUGAUGUCACAAGAAGAAAUCACCAUGGCGGCACCUCCAGAAUUGGGCAAAAAUCCAGCUUCCCCCUAUCAACGCCGGGUUGCUGGUGGCGCAAUCCCAGGCCAAACGGGGUUAUCACCCUUUGCAGCUGACACUCUUCAGGGUCAGUUUCCUCGUCCAACUGAAUUAAGUCCAAGGAAAUCUUCAACUAAGAAACAGCCAACAAUUUGGAAGAUGAUCGAUGCCUUAGAAAUUAACAAGGAGAACAUUGACGAAAGUGGCAAAAAUGUGGAGCUUAAGAAAGAAAAAGCAAAUAAUAAGGUAAUUGGUGAGAAUAUAUCGGAUGAAUUAAGUCUAAGGCAGCUUAGAAAGAUGAUGAAAGAAAAACUACAGAUAGCCAACGACAACAAGCAUAGUGAAGAAAAUAAUGACACAAAGGUGGGAAAGACAAGACUUGCCUUGCAGACAUUGCCUGAUCAGAAUUGGAGGCAUGGUGCUGAAUCAGAGAACUGA